UGCGCUGGACCAACCAGAAGGCAGACUCGCCGCGCGUGUGUGUGAAUGUGUGUGUGGGGGGUGUAUUAACAGACUCUAUACUCAGAUUACAGAUUACAGAACUGACAACAUGGUUCUGGUUUUGGAUGUUUCUAAUUUCAAUUGGUCUGAUUAUAACUACACCUAUGAUGAACCGGGUUAUGACGACUCGUGCUGUGGGGAAGUGUGUGAUCAGACCAGCAGCAUGGCCUUCGACUCCAUCUUCAUCCCCAUCCUGUACUCGGUGGCGGUAGUUGUGGGGCUGCUGGGUAACGGGCUGGUCCUGGUGGUCCUGUGGCAGAAGAAGCGGAGCUGGAGUGUGACGGACACCUUCGUCCUUCACCUGAGCGUGGCCGACAUCCUGCUGCUGCUGACCAUGCCCCUGUGGGCGAUGGAAGCAGUCAAUGGAUGGAACUUUGGAUCUGGGCUCUGUAAGCUGACUGGAGCACUCUUUCAGGUCAACUUCUACUGUGGCAUUUUUCUGCUGGCUUGCAUUAGCCUGGACCGCUACAUGUCCAUCGUCCAUGCCGUGCAGAUGUACUCUCGUAAGAAGCCCUGGGUGAUCCAGCUCAGCUGCAUGACUGUCUGGUUCUUAUCCCUGCUCCUCUCCGUCCCCGACUGGAUCUACCUGCAGGCCUCUAGCGACUCCAGGCGGGGUGGUAAAACUGAGUGCACCCACUGGUACCCCUCAAACACCUGGCGAAUAUUCUUCAGGUGUCUCUACCAUGUGGUUGGCUUCUUCAUUCCAGCCAAAGUGCUCCUCGUGUGCUACACUCGCAUCCUCCUGCGGCUUCAGAGAGGCUCUCAGAGAGGUGCCCAGAAGCAGCGGGCCAUGCGGGUCAUCCUGGCCUUGGUGGUGGCCUUUUUCAUAUGCUGGACGCCCUACAACCUGGUCCUCAUAGUGGACACCUUACACACCAACCAAAGCAUCAACAGCAGCAGCAGCUGUGACACCAACACAGCGCUGGACAUCGCCAUAACAGCCACGUCCACGCUGGGCUACCUGCACUGCUGCAUGAACCCGGUGCUCUACGCCUUCGUUGGGGUGAAGUUUCGGCGACAUCUGCUGGAAAUGGCCCGGCCAAUCAGCAGCAGGCUGAAGGGCAGGGUGAGCACGGUUUCCCGCAGGAGCUCGGUGUGGUCCGAGUCGGUGGACACCUCCAACACCUCUGCUUUCUGAUAAAACAAAAAAACAAUGUCAGAUUUCCAGAAAAAGCAUCCCUGCUACAAGAUUCCUUUGAUAAUUUUUGUAGGAAAAUAUGAGUUCAAAGUUCAGCAGGAUUGUAGUACUUAAAAAAUGGGUUUGUUUUGCUUCUGCACUUUAACAUUGCUCUUGUUUCAAGUCAGCAGACAGCCAACCUCAAUUUUCUCAGGAUAUGUGAUUUCUGGAAAAUCAAAUCGGGGGGAAAAAAGGACACCUUUUUUCAGCAGAAGCAUCCCUGCUACAACAUUCCUUUGAUACCUUUGGAGGAAAAGAUGAAUUUAAAGUUCAGCAGGUAGUCAAUUUUUCAGUUUUCUGAGGGGAAAAAGUUUGGAAAAUACAAAAGUCACACAAAAAGAUGUGUUUAAAAUUCAGUAGGAUUAUAUAUCUAAAUAUUUUAGGAGGAAUAUGAACUUCUGGAAAAAAAUGGGAAAAUACAAAAGUCACAUUUUCAGCAGAAGCAUCCAUGCAAAAAUAAUAAUUUUAUACAGUUUUAGAAAAAUAUGAUUUUUUUUUUCCAAGGCCGUGUACAGCCAACCUUAGUUUUCUGAGGGAAUCUGAAACAUCAGUGAUGGUUUGCUGCUGGCGUUGAUCCACUGUGUUUAAUCAAGUCUAAAGUCAGUGCAGUCCAGCUUCCCUCUGCUAACAAUUUCAUUUUCCAGCAGGACUUGGCACACUGCCCACACUGGAAAAAUAACAAAUUGGUCUUUUGUAACAUAUUCUAAUAAGACAUAGAUCACUUUGUGUCUAAUACAUCUAUACAAUAUAAUAUAAUAUUGUAUAUUAUAUUAUAUUAU